AGCGGUUUUAGCAUGCUAUUGUGUUGCUGGCCAGUAGAAUCAAGAAUCCUGAGACCACCACCUCGUUUCCACGCUUACAGUAACUGCUGGCGUUGGCCUCUCCCCGCGGAAUCUCUCUUCCUUGUGCUUCCAUCUUCUCUCCGACAUGUCUCAGCCGGAUAACAAGCCGGAAACCGUGGAAGACCUGGAGAGAAAGAAGAAGAAGGAAGAGAAGGCAAGAGAGAAGGAAUUGAAGAAACUCAAGGCUGCUGAAAAAGCAGAACUGGCUAAACUUAAGGCUCAACAAGGUGCCAAUGCCCCUAAAAAGAGUGCAAAAAAGAAUAUAAAGCGAGAUACAGGUGAAGAGAAUCUGGAGGAUUAUGUUGACCCAGAGACUCCUUUUGGUGAGAAGAAAAGGCUAUCCAGCCAAAUGGCGAAGCAGUAUAGCCCGAGUGUCGUUGAGAAAUCAUGGUACACAUGGUGGGAGAAAUCAGGCUUCUUUGUAGCCGAUGCCAGCAGCCCCAAACCACCAUUUGUAAUUGUCCUUCCCCCUCCAAAUGUGACAGGGGCCCUACACAUUGGGCAUGCCCUUACAUCUGCUAUACAGGACACCAUUAUCCGUUGGAAGAGAAUGUCUGGGUAUAAUACCCUGUGGGUGCCUGGAAUGGAUCAUGCUGGGAUUGCAACACAGGUUGUUGUGGAGAAGAAGCUAAUGCGAGAAUGUCGUUUGACAAGGCAUGAUGUUGGUCGAGAGAAAUUUGUGUCUGAGGUAUGGAAGUGGAAGGAUGAGUAUGGUGGCACUAUAUUAAGGCAGCAGCGUCGUUUGGGUGCAUCACUUGAUUGGUCCCGUGAGUGCUUUACAAUGGAUGAGAGAAGAUCAAGGGCUGUCACUGAAGCAUUUGUUCGACUGUACAGAGAUGGUCUUAUCUAUAGGGAUAUCCGCCUAGUGAAUUGGGAUUGCAUCUUAAGGACCGCAAUAUCUGAUAUUGAGGUAGAUUAUGUGGAUAUCAAGGAAAGAACACUUCUAAAAGUUCCGGGCUAUGAAAAUCCAGUGGAAUUUGGAGUUUUAACAUCCUUUGCCUACCCACUGGAGGAAGGCCUGGGAGAGAUUGUUGUUGCCACGACAAGGGUGGAGACAAUGCUAGGUGACACAGCUAUUGCAAUUCACCCUGAUGAUAAAAGGUAUACUCAUCUGCAUGGAAAAUAUGCAAUUCAUCCGUUCAAUGGAAGAAGACUUCCCAUUGUCUGUGAUGCAAUCCUUGUUGAUCCAAGUUUUGGUACUGGUGCUGUUAAGAUCACUCCAGCACACGAUCCAAAUGAUUUUGAGGUUGGAAAGCGUCAUAUUCUUGAAUUUAUCAACAUUUUUACUGAUGAUGGGAAAAUAAAUAGCAAUGGUGGUUCGGAGUUUGUUGGGAUGCCACGUUUUAAGGCCCGCCAAGCUAUUACUGAGGCACUGCAGCAAAAGGGACUAUAUAGAGGUUCUAAAAACAAUGAGAUGAGGCUUGGCCUUUGUUCAAGGAGCAAUGAUGUUGUUGAACCAUUAAUAAAGCCCCAGUGGUAUGUGGAUUGUAAUGGCAUGGCGAAGCAAGCUCUUGAUGUGGCGUUGGACUCUGAGGAUAGAAAGCUUGAAAUCAUCCCUAAACAGUAUGCUGCUGAUUGGAAAAGGUGGCUUGAGAAUAUACGUGAUUGGUGCAUUUCGAGGCAGCUUUGGUGGGGUCACCGGAUACCAGCAUGGUAUGUCACUCUGGAAGACGAUGAACUGAAGGAACUUGGUGCAUAUAACGAUCACUGGAUAGUUGCUCAAGAUGAGAGUGAAGCUCACAAGGAAGCCAGCAAGAAGUAUGCAGGGAGGAAAUUUGAUUUGUGCCAAGAUCCUGACGUGCUUGACACCUGGUUUUCAUCUGGCCUUUUUCCAUUAUCUGUUCUUGGAUGGCCAGAUGAUACAGAAGAUUUGAAGGCAUUUUAUCCUACUUCUGUCCUUGAGACUGGUCACGAUAUUCUCUUUUUCUGGGUUGCCCGAAUGGUGAUGUUGGGAAUCAAACUGGGAGGAGAUGUACCUUUUAGGAAGGUUUAUCUGCAUCCCAUGAUUCGUGAUGCACACGGACGGAAGAUGUCGAAGUCUUUAGGAAAUGUCAUUGAUCCACUUGAAGUAAUUAAUGGCAUAAGCCUUGAAGGUCUUCAUAAGAGAUUGGAGGAGGGCAAUUUGGACCCUAAUGAACUGGCUGUUGCAAAAGCAGGACAGGUCAAAGACUUCCCCAAUGGUAUUGCUGAAUGUGGUGCGGAUGCUCUCCGAUUUGCACUUGUCUCUUACACUGCUCAGUCUGAUAAAAUAAAUCUGGAUAUUCAAAGAGUUGUUGGAUAUCGUCAAUGGUGCAACAAAUUGUGGAACGCCGUCCGAUUUGCUAUGAGCAAACUUGGAGAUGAUUAUGUUCCUCCCACGGAAGUACAUCCAGAAACUAUGCCAUUUAGCUGCAAAUGGAUAAUAUCUGUGAUGAACAAGGCUAUAAAGAAAACCGUGUCAUCACUAGAUUCGUAUGAAUUUUCAGAUGCAGCCACUGCAGUGUACUCAUGGUGGCAGUAUCAGUUCUGUGAUGUUUUUAUUGAAGCAAUCAAGCCUUACUUUACUGGUGAGGACCCAACCUUUACAUCUGAAAGGAAUUCUUCACGAGAAGCUCUGUGGCUGUGCUUGGAAACUGGGUUACGGCUGCUUCAUCCUUUCAUGCCUUUUGUUACUGAAGAAUUGUGGCAGCGGCUGCGUUCAUCACAAGGCAAUCAGAGAAAAGAAUCGAUAAUGAUAUGUGAUUACCCAUCCUAUGUGGAGUGCUGGACAAAUGAAAGGGUGGAGCUUGAGAUGGAUCUUGUUGAGUCUGCAGUAAAAUCUCUUCGGUCACUAAGGUCAGAGGUGCUUGCAAAGCACAGAAAUGAAAGGUUACCUGCUUAUGCAUAUUGCCAAAAUGAGGAAGUUGCAGGCAUCAUUAAAAGUCAUGAAUUGGAGAUUGUCACUCUUGCUACUUUAUCAUCAUUAGAGGUUUUGCUGAGUGAAAGAGAUGUUGCUCCAGCAAGAUGUGCCUUUGAGAAUGUCAAUGUAAAUCUCAAAGUGUAUCUUAAGGUUGAAGGAAAUCUCAAUGCGGAGGCAGAACGUGAAAAGAUCAAGAAUAAGAUGGAAGAGAUUCAAAAGCAGCAAGAGAAACUUAAGAAGACCAUGAAUGCAUCUGGCUAUGAACAGAAGGUCCCAGCUCAUAUCCAGGAAGAGAAUGCUGCAAAGCUGGCUAAGCUCAUCCAGGAAUUUGAAUUUUUCCAGAAGGAGAACUCUAGAUUAGAUGCUGAAUUGAUGGAUAACAAUUAAUCGGCAGGUUCCCACAUUUUUUACUGGCCCCAGACCGCUUGAUAGCGUCAUGAAUUUUGAUGCAACAAAAAGCAGAAAAGGAUUUUCUGAGGCUUAUAUGACCUUGAAGCCCCAGCUAAGAUUAGAAAAUGUUGUUCCAAGUGAUUUAUUUGGUUGUUCCGGGCGAAUACUUUGGGAUGAUAUACGGUCAUCGGGGCUUGUAGCUAUAUAAUGAUUUCUUGUUUCCAUGA